AUGGUUUGUGAAAUCUGUGAUGGACCACACUUUGCCAUUCAUUGUGUUGCUACUGCAGAACAAGUGGAGGCUAUAAAGUUCUUGAGGCAAAAUAACCCCUACUCCAACACUUAUAAUCCAGGGUGGAAAAAUCAUCCAAAUUUUUCGUGGAAGGAUCAACAGGGUAAUGUCCAAAAGCAAGUUCCUCAACAACAACAGUACAUGCCUCAACAACAACCACCUUACCAGCAACAAUAUCAGCCACCUCAGCAAUCCUAUCAGCAACAAGGGACGAAGAAAGUAGAUUGGGAGAUAGCCAUUGAAAAAAUGGCAGUGCAGAAUGUUAAAUUCCAGGAAGAGACAAGAAAUAACCAAAGGAACAUUAAUGCUUCUAUCAAAAAUCUUGAACUUCAACUUGGACAGAUAGCACAGCAGAUCACGAGUUCUCAAGCACCAGGUGCUUUACCAAGUGCAACUGUGAUAAAUCCAAGAGAGCAUAAUAAUGUGAGUGCAGUAACUACAAGAAGUAGAAAAGCGAAUGAAGUUCUUGAAAAGAAAGUUGAGGAAGAAGGUACAUUGCUUGAAGUGGAUUUGGAAAUCUUAGAAAAUAAAACACCACCAACUGAAGAAGUCAUAUUGAAGCCAGUUGUGAAGGAAAGGUCCACUGAGCAAAAACCCAUAAUAAAGCUCCCAUUCCCACAAAGGAACAAGAAGCAGAAGCAGGACGAGAAAAAUUUUCAGAAGUUUGUAGAAAUGUUCAGGAAGUUGGAAAUCAACAUCCCAUUCUCUGAGGCACUCGAGCAAAUGCCUAUUUAUGCCAAAUUCAUGAAGGACAUCAUAUCCAAGAAGCGCACCACCGACACUGACUUUGUUAUACUAACUGAAACUUGUAGUGCUAUUUUGCAGGGUAUGAAGAUUCCAGUUAAAAAACCAGAUAGAGGCUCGGUUACUAUUCCUUGCACCAUUGGAGAUAGGUCCUUUAAAAGGGCUCUGAUUGAUUUGGGGGCUAGUGUGAGCCUUAUGCCUUUGUCCAUCUACAGGAAACUCGGGAUUGGAAGAGUUCAAGACACUAGAAUGAAACUUCAAUUUGCCGAUCACUCAGUGAAGAAACCCUUUGGGAUUGUUGAAGAUGUUCUGGUUAAAGUUGAUAAAUUUGUUUUUCCUAUUGAUUUUGUAAUUCUGGAAAUGCCAGAAGAUGAGGAGAUACCCCUGAUCUUGGGUAGACCAUUUUUAGAGACAGGUAGGUGUAUGAUAGACAUUGAAAAUGGUACUAUGACUCUUAAGGUUUAUGAUGAGGAGCUAAAAAUUAAUGUGAGAAGCACUAUGAAGCACAAAGAGGAUGUAGGUACAAAUCACUCAGUGGAAGUGAUUAAUCAGAUAGUAGCCGAUAACGUUCAGAGUAGUUUUCCAGAAUCACCAUUAGAAAGAGUUAUGUGCUUGUCAACUGAGGAGAUGGAGGAGAGUGAUAAUGAGAAGGAAAAAGAAAUUCUUGCUCUACUUGAUGCACAACCACCUUGGUUGAAAUCCAAACCACACCGGUGGGAGGAUUUAAGAGGUUCACCAGAAACAGAAGAUAAAAAGGAAAACAAAACAGGUACAAGUUCCGAGUUAAAACAACUACCUGUUAAUCUUAAAUAUGUUUUUCUAGAAUCUGGAGAAAAAUGUCCUGCUAUUAUCAAUUCUGAGUUAAAUGAAAAAGAUGAAGAAAAGUUGAUACAGGUACUUAAGAAGAAUAGGAGUGCUAUUGGUUGGACUAUCAAGGAUAUAAAAGGAAUUAGCCCCACGGUAUGCAUGCAUAAAAUACUGAUGGAGGAUAACCAGAAACCGGUUGUGCAACCUCAAAGGAGGUUAAAUCUAGCAAUGAAAGAAGUAGUUAGGAAAGAAGUUGUAAAGUUGUUGGAUGCAGGAUUAAUUUAUCCUAUUUCAGAUAGUUCUUGGGUGAGUCCAGUACAUGUGGUACCGAAGAAAGGAGGAACCACAGUGAUCUUGAAUGAAAAAAAUGAGCUGAUUCCAACUCGCACAGUAACAGGGUGGCGAGUAUGCAUUGAUUACAGAAGACUCAACACUGCGACAAGGAAGGAUCAUUUUCCUCUUCCUUUUAUUUAUCAGAUGUUAGAGAGACUUGCAGGGUAUGAGUAUUACUGUUUUCUGGAUGGAUAUUCGGGGUACAAUCAGAUUGCUGUAGCCCCAGAAGAUCAGGAGAAGACUGCAUUCACAUGCCUUUAUGGUAUUUUUGCUUACAGACGGAUGCCAUUUGGGUUAUGCAAUGCCCCAACUACUUUUCAGAGAUCUAACUUAUCUCUUGUUUUGAAAAGGUGUCAGGAAACUAACCUUAUUCUCAAUUGGGAGAAAUGCCAUUUUAUGGUGCAGGAAGCUAUUGAGACUUUAAAGAGUAAGUUGAGUACUGCACCUGUUGUAAUAGCCCCCGAUUGGUCAUUACCUUUUGAAAUAAUGUGUGAUGCUAGUGACAUUGCUGUGGGGGCUGUUUUGGGACAAAGAAAGGACAAACUAUUACAUGUGAUAUAUUAUGCUAGUCAUGUCCUUAAUCCGGCCCAAAUGAACUAUGCAACUACCGAAAAGGAGUUAUUGGCCGUGGUUUAUGCUUUUGACAAAUUCAGGUCUUAUUUGCUUGGGUCUAAAGUUAUUGUUUAUACUGAUCAUGCUGCUUUAAAGUAUUUGUUUGCUAAGCAGGAAUCUAAACCCAGACUUUUGAGAUGGAUACUUCUCCUUCAGGAAUUUGAUCUUGAAAUCAAAGAUAAAAAGGGGUGUGAGAAUACAGUUGCAGAUCAUUUAUCUCGCAUGAACCCGAUUAAGGGAACUGAAGAGGAGCAUCCAAUCCAAGACACAUUUGCUGAUGAGAGAAUCCUAGCUGUGACUGGAACCCCGUGGUUUGCUGACUAUGCAAAUUACUUGGUAGGUGGAGUUAUACCUGAUGAUUUUAGUGCUAACCAAAAGAAAAAGUUUCUCUAUGAUUGCAGGUUUUAUUUGUGGGAUGACCCAUUCCUAUACAAAAGGGGAGUGGAUGGCCUAAUCAGAAGAUGUAUUCCCGAAGGAGUGCAGAGAGAUAUACUGAAGGCUUGUCACAAUUCCGAGUAUGGAGGACACUUUAGUGGAGAUAGAACAGCAGCAAAAGUCCUCCAAUCCGGGUUCUAUUGGCCUACGCUAUUCAAGGAUGCCUAUUACUUGGUCCGAGAAUGUGACAGAUGCCAAAGAACAGGAAAUAUCACGAGGAGAAACCAGAUGCCACAAAAUUCAAUGUUAGAGGUAGAGCUGUUUGAUGUGUGGGGUAUUGAUUUUAUGGGACCGUUUCCACCAUCAUUCGGAAAGAACUAUAUUUUGGUGGCGGUCGAUUAUGUGUCCAAGUGGGUAGAAGCUGUAGCAUUAGCCACAAAUGAUGCUAAAGUAGUUGUGAGUUUUCUCAGACACAAUAUCUUUUCCCGGUUUGGGGUACCAAGAGCUUUGAUUAGUGAUGAAGGCACUCACUUGCUGAAUAAGCUUGUGGAGAGUUUGCUAAAAAAAUACAAUGUGAAGCACAAGAUUGCAACACUGUAUCACCCUCAGACGAGUGGACAGGUAGAAGUGUCCAACAGGCAGAUCAAGCAAAUAUUGGAAAAGACCGUUAAUGCUUCUAGGAAAGACUGGGCUGUGAAAUUGGAUGACACGCUCUGGGCUUACAGGACAGCAUUCAAAACACCUAUAGGUAUGUCUCCAUAUCAGCUUAUUUAUGGUAAAGCUUGUCAUUUGCCGCUUGAACUCGAGCACAAGGCAUUUUGGGCCACCAAAUUCUUAAACCUCGAUUCCAAAAAAGUUGAUGGUUCCCGAAUUCUCCAACUCCAUGAGUUAGAAGAAUUUAGGAACUAUGCGUAUGAGAAUGCCAAAAUAUAUAAAGAAAACACAAAAAAAUGGCAUGAUCAGAGGAUCGAGAAGAAAGAAUUUUGGGAAGGGCAGUUUUUUUAUUGUUUAACUCCAGGUUGA